AUGUUCAAUUAUUUUGGAUUAAAAAAAUAUCCAACACCUUUUAAUCAACCAUUAAUGCCUUUUUUUAUAGCUGGAGGUCUUGUAUUUUAUGCUGUUUAUCGAAUAGCCGAUACGAUGAUGCAAUCCGAACCAUAUAUAAAUGAUCCAAGAAAUCCAAGAGCACGUUAUGGUCCAAAAAGUUCACAUUAA